CCCCUUUUGCUCAGUUCCAAAUUAUACUUCUUUGUUUGGUAUUAUUAAAAAAAAUGGUACAUCUUCAAUAAUAGUUAUCUACCGGUCCAUUAUGAUCGAUGUGUAGGAGGGAAGCAAUCCCCUCUGCGUGUCACCAACGGUCACACCUCUGUUUUGACGGGAGCAGGUCAUGUCAGUUUAAAUGCUACUGCCACAACAACGACGCAAGGGAAGCUAAGCCGCUCAGGUGUCAUUGUCGAUAUAGCUUCGGACCUGGAGAGCGUGCAGCUCUCUAAAGAAGAGCAGGAAAGCCUUCUCCGCUCGCCGAAACCAGGCACCAGAUCCCCGGGCAGGGACGGGCCGAAGCGUUCAAGCGAGGGGAUGAAGGCUAAGGCGCAGUACAAAGCCGCCCUUCGCAUCCUGAGCCGGCUCAAGGGAAAAGCCGCCCUAUCCCCACAGGGGAAGGCAAAGCUUACCUGGGCCGAGCAAAGGGUCGCAGAGGGCAGGCUGCACUUCGCCAACCUCCCUAACAUGGCAUCCACGGGCGGAUUCGCCAACAAGGUGGAGGAGUCGCUUGCCAACAAGAGUCAACGCUCAACCGAGAGAGCCAAUAAGGACGCACCGGGGAGCAAGCGGCGACGCUGGCCGAAGGAGGCAGGACCAAUCCCGUCCAUUCCUAAGGCGAAGGUUCUCUUACCCAUCGCAAUCCAAGGAGACCGGGCGCUGAAGCUGCUGCAGCGACAGAGUCAAGAACAUCCUCUAUCCGAGGUACGGGAAGAUGGCGUGGGGCAUGGGAGCCUGUUCCUGCGCCUCAAAAAACGCCAUCCCGAGAAUAAGGAUACUCACACCCUGAAGGCAGGCGAGGUAGAAAAAGACCUAGGUCUGGAAACCACCACAAAAGCCGCCCUGGGACUUUCGCUGAACGAGGCGGACGAGGAGGACGGUAGCCUGACGUUGACAGUCAACCCGUCGAAUGGAGAUGAGCCUAGUAAGCAUGCCACUGAGGGUGCUGCAGCUCAAUCUUCAUAAAAGCAAGAUCGUGUCGGGGGAACUUCACAUCACCCUGGAGCAAGGGUCCGCCGACAUAGCUUUGGUCCAAGAGCCAUGGAUUGCCUCGGCAAUGCCGUCGUCGGACAUCAUCGCACGGAUGACCGGACUGUUGUGAUGCUGGAGAGCAAGAGGAAGCGCCUUCUGGUAGCUUCCUGCUACAAGGCACAUGAUAGGACGGCCCACCGAAGGAACUCAGGAGCAUGGUGGAAGCCAGCCCGAACGACCAGCAACUGAUUGUGGGUGCAGACGCCAAUGCGCAUCACUGCGUGUGGGGGAGCCCCGACAUCAACAACAGAGGGUAUUCUCUCGUCGCUAUCCGGUUUUUUGUCAGG